AGUGUGAACCUUCUCUUUCUGUUCAAAAUGGCCUCUCGUAGGUUUACACACACACACACACUUCGUCGAUCUCAGUCCGCCACAGGCCUCACCUUCAGGUUCCCGUCCAGGGAAACUCGAUCUGAGUGUCAGAGUCUGCGUGAGAUCACCUCAGUCGCCGGCGCCACCUAGCCCUCGACAGAAUCCCGACGGGGGCAUUACAUGCACCGCGCACACAUGCUGAGCGUGAGCGUGCAGCGGUCGAGGCUGCCGGCGGCGGGCCGCGCGGCGCCCGACGAUGACGACGUCCGCGUCUGCUCCGUGAUCCUGGCCUCCGUGGUGUCGCUGAUGCUCCUCUGCGGGGUCCUCUCCGUGCUCCCGAGCCCCGGUGCGAUCGCCGCCACCAAGGCCUACGUCGUCCUCGGCCUGUCCGCGAUCAUGCUCGUGCUCAUGCUCCUCGCCUGGCUCGUCGCGCCGGGGAUCCGAGCCCUCACCGCGCCGCGGGCUCCGGCCCCGGCAGCUCCGGCGCCCGCGGCCCCCGUGCCCGUGCGCCUGGCACGGCGCCUCUGCGCGUGCGGGCUGGCGGACGCGGCGGGGGUCGUCGCCGCGCUGCCGGCGUUCCCGUACGGCGGCCCCCCCGCCGCCGUGGCGGACGACGAAGAGGCAUCGGCGUCGCCGCGGCGCCAGAGGAGCGGCGUGCUGUGCGCGGUGUGCCUGGAGGACGUGCUCGCCGGGGAGAUGGUGCGGCAGCUGCCCGCGUGCAGGCACCUCUUCCACGUGGGCUGCGUCGACGUGUGGCUCCGCGCGCACCGGACCUGCCCGCUCUGCCGCUGCGAGCUCCCGCCGAGGAAGGCCGCCGCCGCCGCCGCUGGUGCGACGGCGGCCGCGCCCGUCGUCGCGGCGGGAGCGCUGCCGCUGCCGCCUGUUUGA